UCUGAAACCCAGAAGAAGGGCUCUGGGUUCAGUCCAAAGUGAGGCCAGAGCCGAGCUUUCUCUCCAGAGCAACUGCAAGCCUACGGCUGUCACUGAGCUAGGCUGUGGCCUCCUGGCCUCUGUGCUCUCUAAGAUGCCUUCUCAGGGGAAGCCGGCUCCAUCUUGGGCAGCUCCUGCCACUACGUGGGAGAAGCGAUGACCCCUCGGACACACUGCCCUCGGUGUCCCUGACGGGCAGUGGCAUGGGGGCACCCCACUUGUCCCCUCCAGAGCUGCCCUGCAUAGAAGCAGACACCCUGAAGCCCUGGCAGGGAACCCAGGUCUGGAGGACAUGACAGCGUGAGGCGGCGGCAGCGCUGACCCCCCCUCUUUUAAAGGAGGGCCCUCCUGGACCCGGGAGCGGACCCUGGUUGCAGUGAAGCCAGAUGGUGUGCAACGGAGGCUCGUGGGGGAUGUGAUCCAGCGCUUUGAAAGGCGGGGCUUCAAGCUGGUGGGGAUGAAGAUGCUGCAGGCGCCAGAGAGCAUCCUUGCUGAACACUAUCAGGACUUGCAGAGGAAGCCCUUCUACCCAUCCCUCAUCAGCUACAUGAGCUCCGGGCCGGUGGUGGCCAUGGUCUGGGAAGGGUACAACGUGGUCAGUGCUUCGAGGACCAUGAUAGGACAUACUGACUCUGCUGAGGCUGCCCCUGGGACCAUUCGGGGAGACUUCAGUGUCCACAUCAGCAGGAAUAUCAUCCAUGCCAGUGACUCUGUGGAGGGAGCCCAGAGAGAGAUCCAGCUGUGGUUCCAGAGCAGCGAGCUGGUGAACUGGGCAGAUGGGGACCACCACAGCAGUGUCUAUCCAGCCUGAGGGUCAAGCUGCCCUUGGCUGCCCCAGUGUGUACUCGGGACCAACUACCUCCAUCAACAAGAACUCAAGGCCACACCCACACCCGACUCUCCCAGACCACUUCCCUGUCCAUUUUCUGACCCAUUCCAGCCCAGAGUUUGAGCCACCAACUUUAUGUGCCUUUCUGUAUCCUAAGCCAAUACAAGAUUGGACCAGAUGCUUUCUGUACCAAAGUGCCCAAAAGCAUUUGGGAUGUUUUCAAAAGUGGGUAGUGUGACCUCCCCUCCCCCAAAGGAGAGACAUUAAAAUUCACUGUGCUGAG